CAGGAGACCAUCCAGCAGCUUGACAGUGAGCUGAGAAACAGCAAGUGGGAGAUGGCAGCCCAGCUCCGGGAGUACCAGGAUCUGCUCAACGUCAAAAUGGCCUUGGACAUUGAAAUCGCUGCCUACAGAAAGCUCUUAGAAGGGGAGGAAUAUCGGAUUGAGUCUGGUUUUGGGAUGAUCUCCUUCCCAGAGGUGCCCCCCAAGGCUCCCAGCAUCACCACCAACAUCAAAGUGAAGAGUGAGGAGAAAGUCAAGGUGGUGGAAAAAUCAGAGAAGGAGACUGUGAUUGUGGAAGAACAGACAGAGGAAAUCCAGGUGACUGAGGAGGUCACAGAGGAGGAAGAGGCUGAGAAGGAGGCUGAAGAGGAGAAGGAAGAGGAGAAAGCUGAGGCAGAAGAAGAGGAGGCCAAGGCUCCUGAAAAGGAGGAGGCAAAGAGCCCAGCUGUGAAGUCCCCAGAGAAAGCUGAAUCUCCCACAAAGGAGGAAGCCAAGAGUCCAUCUAUCAAAUCCCCUGAGAAACCUGUGUCUCCCACAGAGGAGGAAGCAAAGAGUCCAUCUAUCAAAUCCCCUGAGAAACCUGUAUCUCCCACAAAGGAGGAAGCCAAGAGUCCAUCUAUCAAAUCCCCUGAGAAACCUGCAACCCCUUCACAAAGGAGGAGGCCAAGAUCCCGGCUAUCAAAUCACCUGAGAGAGGAGGCCAAGAUCCCAACCAUCAAAUCGCCUGAGAAACCUGCAACCCCUUCAAAGGAAGAGGCCAAAACCCCAACUGUGAAGUCCCCUGAGAAACCUGCAACUCCUUCAAAGGAGGAGGCCAAGAUUCCAGCCAUCAAAUCACCUGAGAAACCCGCAACCCCUUCAAAGGAAGAGGCCAAGAUCCUGGCCAUCAAGUCCCCAGAGAAACCCGCAACCCCUUCAAAGGAGGAGGCCAAGGUCCCAGCCAUCAAGUCCCCAGAGAAACCCGCAACCCCCUCAAAGGAGGAGGCCAAGAUCCCAGAAAAGAUCAAAUCUCCUGUGAAGGAGGAGGCCAAGACUUCUGAGAAGGAAGCAGCCCCAGCCAAGGAGCCUGUUCCUUCUCCUCCAAAGGAGGUGAAAGCCCCGGUGAAAGAGCAGCAGCCCAAGGAGGAGACGGCUCCAUCCAAGCCCCGAGCUGAAGAAGGCAGGAAAGAGGCGACCCCGCAGGCUGCUCCAGCCAAGGCAGAGGAGAAGCCUAAAGAGAAAGUGACACCAGGAAAGGAGCCCAUUAAACCCACACAGGAAGGGAAGGCUGAGAAGGAAGCUCAGCUGAAGCCUCCGCAGGAACCCAGCAAGGCAGCCGAGAAGCCAAAGGCCGAGGAGAAGAAGGAGGAACCAAAAAAGGAGAAAGCGGAGCCCAAAAAGGAGUUGGAGGAGAAACCCAAAGUUGAAGCUAAACCCAAAGAUGAGCCCAAAGCUGGCAAAGAGUCCACCAAGGCCGAGAGCACAGCCAGCGCCGGUGCCAAGGAGGGCAAAGCCCCAGAGCAGGUGGCUGCGCCGGGCAAGAGGAGCGAGAAGUGA